AUGAAAAUUAUCUACGAAACAGAUAUGGAUAUUCUUCCAUGGACAUUUAUGUCACGUAAUGUACAUGAAGCAUGUGCAGAAGGUCGUACAACGGAAGUUGAACAAUUGAUUCGUGAAGGUGCUGAUCUUAAUGAUUGUGAUGAAGUUGGAAAUACACCAUUAUGGCUUGCUUAUAUGAGUGGUCAUUUAGAUACUGUAUUUGCUUUACUUGAAUUAAAUGUUGAUAUUAAUCGACGUACAGGAACAAUAUUAGCAUCAGAUUUUCAUCGAGCAUGUGGAUGGGCUGAUGAAGUUUUUAUUGAUAUUUUAUGUAAUUAUAAUGCAAAUUUAAAUCUUACAGAUCGAUAUGGUAAAACACCAUUAAUAUAUGCAAUUGAAUAUCGAACAGAUUUAUCUGAAUCAAUUGAAGUAGAUCUUAUUCGUUUAUUAAUAACUAAAGGUGCAAAUGUAAAUCAUAUUGAUAUGUCUGGUUUAACACCAUUAUUUUAUGCUAUCUAUCGUGGUAUUCCAUCGAUUGUUAAACUUCUAUUAAAUUCUAAUGCUGAUUAUAAAUUUGAAAAUUUUCUUGGUUAUUCACCAUUUCGUUAUGCACUUGGUUGUUUAUCAUAUGCAAAUCCAUAUGAAACACAAAUUUAUCAAGGACGUUUAGAUGUUGUUGAAAUUUUACUUGAAGAAUUUUCUCGAAAUGAAAAUGAACUUAAACAAGCACUUAUUGGUUCUAUACCAACAAUACCAUAUUUAUUUCCAUUAUUUGAUUUUAUAUUUUAUUGUCGAAUUAAAAUUUAUGAUAAUUUCGAAGAAUUAGCUUGGAAAUUUUUUGAACAAACACAUUGGCCAUGCCCGAUAACAUAUGGAAAUCUUCUUUUAUGUCAAAAUUUAAUUGUAUUUAAUCAUAAUAUUGAACAUAUUAUUUAUUUUCUACAACGAAUGUAUAUUGAUAAUUAUAAACAAUUAAUUAUUUUCUAUUUACAACGUGUUAUCAAAGAUAAAGAAUCAACGAAUCGAUUUUUUCUAUUACUUUAUUGUGCAUUUAUUGAAAUGAAUGGGAAUUAG